AGUUUUGAGCAAGAGGGAACAUAUGAUGGAUAAUUUGUUGGCUAGGAUCUGUUUUUCCUGACCUCGUCCAUCAUGUACAUCGUUAGCAAGAAGACUUUAACGAGGGUGCUAAAUUUUAUUCUGUUGGUCAUCGUUCUACUCUCCUGGGUAUAUGUGAUAGUGGCAGGACGCUAUGCUGGUCUAUUGUACCUAGACCAGAACUAUUCCUGAUAUAAUGGAGAUCAUAAAUGACAAUGCCGCAAUGCUUACCAACUAUGAAGUGCUCACAUUGUUGUCUGAUAUCCAGGCUGGACGGGGACAGAAAAAGCCGGACAAAAGUUUACAACAGCUAGCAACAAUAACUUAUGAAGCUGUCAAAUAUUUAGAGGACAAACCUUGUAAAACACAGACUCCAGAAAUUAUUGAACAGUUCAUGACAGAUGUUCAAUCAUUUAACUUAACAAAAUCAGAAAAGGUUCAGUUACUUAAUCAGUAUCCGUCCACUGCUGUUGAAAUCCAGUUAAUUGUAGAAGAAAGUGAGGAACGAUUAACAGAAGAUCAGAUUUAUGAACUUUUAGAGGUGAUAGGAAAAUACAGGCCAAGUAAGCCUGAAGAGGAGGAAGAGGAAGAGGAUGGUGAAAAUGAAGACUUCAAGGAAGGAGAGGAAGAAAUGUUAGAGCAGGAAUAGAUUUCUAGAUUCUAAACAAAUUGUUUAAUGUUAUAUUAGCAACUAAAUGAAGUUCUGCAUUUCAUACUGUAGAUAAAUUGUAUUUAAGAAUCAUUUUUUAUAUUUCACUGAUCAUGUAGAUGCAAACAGACUCAAAUAAAUGCCUUUCAUAGUGUAAAA